AUGGCCCCGACUUCGAAGAUUGCGCUUGACCCCCUCGACCACAUAGCUGCGUGGAAUAUUCCACAGAGCGUGAUCUACUUGAGUUUGAAGCAGGAUGUCACGGUGCAGGAUGCCUUUGGACGUCUCCAAGAAGGCCUGCGUCGCACCUUUGCUCAAAUACCUUGGCUCAAUGGUCGCGUACACUGGCGGAGCGAUGAUACCGCGGGGUGGCGUCCCGGCCAGUUGGAAAUUCGUUUCGAAUCUCUUUCUUCCAAAGAACCACCACACCAACUGCGAUUCAAUGAGUUAGAAACCGAUCUGAAAUUCUCUGACCUCAGCGAUCAGGGUUUCCCGUUGGAUACAUUCGAAGAGGAAAAAUUGUUAUGGACGACCCCGUUUCAGCCAAAUUUCGAGAAAGGGGCUGAUGUUUUGACGGCCCAGGCCAAUUUUUUGCCUGGGGGCUGUGCUCUGGUUCUCUCUGUCGCGAGCCCGGCCUCGGACGGCACCGCUAUGCUCUCUGUGACUCAGGUUUGGGCUCACCACUGCAACUCUUGGACGACAAACGCGGAGACGGGCAACGGUGUUCAACCCUACGGCGGCUUGGGCUCGGGGUUUGAACGGACAGCAUUGAGAGCGACAUGCAAAGGGGACAAGCGACACGAGAUUUCAAGUCACAUGGCAGCAGGGAUCUAUCGUCUCGUGGGCCUUGACUCCGAAGACGCCUUUCUUGAGAUGACUUCCACCGCUCCCGACGCUCUUCCUGGUGUGCCCAACACGAUGAAGCCCAUGUUGUUUUACCUGCCGCAAGGGUCAUAUACAGCCCUGCGCAAAGACUGCAUUGCUGAACUUGGUCCUACGGACGUUUCUGGAAACGACCUUAUCUGUGCUUUGAUCUGGAGAAGUGUUGUCAGGGCUUGGAUGGCAACUCAGGACGCGCAGCACAACAUCGGCGACCUUCGCACAGCAAUUUCCGAGGUCAGCAUCCCCUUCGAUGCGCGGCCACAGCUCCAGGAUCUGCUACCAACCAGUUAUCUGGGCAAUGUCAACUUUGAAAAUAGACUUGCACUUUCCCUGAGCCAUAUUGUGGCCAAGGAUACGAGCAUACCCCAGCUCGCGAAAACGAUACGGACCCAUGCGGCAACUUUCGCAGGUCACGCCAGCCUGCUGGGUGCGUACCGACUACUCGAUUCGGUCCCAGACUACAAAAAACUACCGCAACUGCGAGCAUCUCGCAUGAAAUCACCCUCAGUGGGCAUCCUGGCUCCAACAACGCUUCCGUUCAAUGAGACCUGCUUUGGAGCCCAGACAUUCGGUGCUGGUGGUCGACCGGAGGCUUUUCGGCCACUCAUGGGAGAUUGCAACAGUGGUUUCCGCACCUGUUUCGUCAUGCCUCGAAAGACUUAUGGCGGAAUCGAGUUUGUCAUGACUUUAUCUGACAAAGAAGUGAAUUUCCUCGACAAGGACGGGGAGUUUACGAAAUAUAGUUUACGCAUGUAA